ACGCGUCAUGUUCGAUGUAUUGCUGUCAUCAUGUCGCGUGAGAGGCGGUCUUGCCUACAUACCGUCUUUAUGGUGCCCUCGGUACCGAUAAGGGCGGGCCGUAGAUCCAGGGGAGCUUGUUCUUGUGUGAUAACUGCCAACGAUUCUCAUCCAAGUGCUGUAGUGAUUAUAGUUGAUUUUAUUCAAAUUAUCUUUGCUCGCGCAGGGCCGAACUACCGGUUGAUGUUGAGAGCUUUCUGCAGUAAGUAUGCUAAUUCUUUCAUUUCAGCAUUUGGAGGGUUGGUGAGUAGUGUUUCUCAUGAAAUAAGUGAGCUGUAUUACUCCUAUGUUUCUCUUUUAUGUCCAUGUAAAAAAAAAAAACGGUCUAGUAGUACCAUUACGUUGCACUACAUGGCAUCUGCCCUGUUUGGUAUGGAUAUUAGUUGAUUAGUUCUCAAUGUAGCAAGAAUGUUGCUGUAGGCAGCACAGACGCUUUCAAGCUUGACAUUAUUUGAACGCAAUCUGCCCAGCUUUUCUUCGGCUGGGUUUACUUUCUUCCUUGUCAAAACUGUGUGUGAUCAGUGAUAAAAUAUGUGUAUAUAAAUGAUUCCAAACAUUCUUUUCAACGCAAACUGUAGCCAGAGGAAGUCUCUUUUUGACAUCGCACUCUGACCUUCCUCGAAAAUGAGAUUGCCUAGCGAAUAUCAGCUUCUGCUAACUUCUUGUAUGUGACACAACUUUCCGCAGGAAAACAUUUGAUCACAUCUCUUGGAGUGAAGCCAGUGGUAGCUUCGACGAUGUGGGAAGUGCCAGCGACCUCCUGUCCGAAACCCAGACACCAUGCAUGUCUCCCCGUCGCAUGCGUCGGGAGAGGCUAUGGUCUGGGUCUGCGAAGGACGACUCCCUGCUGCUCACCCGCCAGCGUACCAUCUACACAGCAGGACGACCCCCCUGGUACAAUGUUCAGGGCCAGCUCAUAGAGCCUUUCGUCAUUGGCAUCUGCGGUGGAAGCGCUUCGGGCAAGACGACGGUGGCCAAGAAGAUAAUCGAGGCGCUCAACGUGCCUUGGGUCACAUUGCUCAGCAUGGAUUCAUUCUACAAGGUGCUGGAUGCAGAGCAGCACCGGCAAGCCGAUGAAAACCAGUUCAACUUUGACCACCCAGAUGCAUUUGAUUUUGACCUGCUCAUUGAGACGCUCAAGAAGCUCAAGGAAGGCAAACGCGUUGAGGUCCCCAUCUACAACUUUGUGGCGCAUGCACGUGAGAAGCGCUUCAAGUUUAUGUAUGGUGCAAACGUCAUCAUCUUCGAGGGUAUCCUCUGCUUUACCAACAAGGAACUGCUCAAUAUGAUGGACAUGAAAAUAUUUAUAGACACGGACAGUGACAUCCGGCUCGCGCGACGGUUACAACGUGACAUCACUGACCGUGGCCGCGACCUCGAGGGCUGUCUGGCCCAGUACGAGCGUUUUGUGAAGCCAGCCUUUGACCAUUACAUAGCCCCGUCCAUGGUUCACGCUGACCUCAUCGUGCCCAGAGGUGGCGACAACCACAUUGCCAUCAACCUGAUCGUUCAGCAUGUCCACACGCAGCUAGUCUCGCGGGGCCUGAAGCUGCGCUCCAAGAUGGCCGAAUCGCACACUGGUCAGCCUCUCCCUGCCUCGCUGCACCUGUUGCCUCAGACGCCUCAGCUACGGGGCAUCCACACCUUCAUCCGCAACCGGGCCACGCAGCGUGACGAGUUCAUCUUCUACUCGAAGCGGCUCAUGCGCCUCCUGAUGGAGUACACUGUGGCACAGCUUCCCUUCCAGGACGUUGCUGUGGAGACUCCCCAGGGAAUCAGCUACAAUGGAAAGCGCAGCGCAGCUGGCAAGAUCUGCGGUGUGUCCAUUCUUCGUGCAGGCGAGACCAUGGAGCAGGCUCUAUGCGACGUCCUCAAGGAUGUCCGGCUGGGAAAGAUUCUCAUCCAGACCAAUCAGAGCACGGGAGAGCCUGAGCUCUACUAUCUACGCUUGCCCAAAGACAUAAAGGACUACACAAUCCUGCUGAUGGAUGCCACAGUGGCAACCGGUGCAGCAUCCAUCAUGGCCGUGCGGGUGCUGCUCGAUCAUGACGUGCCCGAAGAAAACAUCAUGCUCGUGUCUCUGCUUAUGGCUGAGUCCGGAGUCCACUCGGUGGCCUAUGCGUUUCCCAAGGUGCGCAUCAUCACCACAGCCGUUGACCCUGUGGUCAGCGAGAAGUUCUACAUUGAGCCAGGCAUCGGCAAUUUCGGCGAUCGGUACUUUGGCACCGAAGCGUUGGAGUACUUGUGACGAAAGGAACAGUCCAGUGGUGGGACCGGCUAGCCUGUGCACUGCUCGGGAAAGCUCAGUGCCAUGGUCUGCCCCCUGGCGUACACUGUGCAGUGAUACAGCGUUGCACGAGGCUUAUAAUGUGCGACGAACGGUCUGUGAUGCUGACGUCGAAUCUCGCCUUCUCUGCGACAAAUCAUUGACAAGAGGCAGCGCCUAGUUUUUUUUUUCAUAUCUCGGAAAGGAUGACCCAUUGAUGCUUGCCUUAAUGUUGUUAUGCAAGAGAAUCCAUUCAUUGAACUUCUCAGGAUAUUGCGCCAGGAGCCAUAGUUCAAAGUGUUGGUUCUCGGUGCAUGUUGCUUGAGCUUGUGGUCAUUCUUCUUGAAUUAUUGCUUUGGCGUCACCGUGACUGUUUCUGGCUUUCGAGUUGUGUUAUUUUUCCAGGGUAAUUUGGGCAACAGUCAUGCAUUUGUUAGUUUUUCUUUGUAUGUCUCUUUUUCUCUUUCUGUAUGGAUAUGCAGCAAGGCUGUAAUGUUAUGAAAUUCACAUUUACAUCAAAUUUUGUUCUAUACAACAUUAGUUCCUUGCAGCCAAGCUGAGGAAGACCUUUUUUGGACUUUUAGCCUACUUUGCCUUGUUUGAAACUUGAGAUAUAAUCAGUCUGCUUGAUGGAGGCAACCUAACAUUUUUUUUGUCCUGCAAUAUGUGAAGCUCCUGGCUUCUACUAACUUAUAUCAGAGCUCAGUGACGUGGUUUUUUCACUGUGAAAGCCUCUGGAAAGGGAGACUGUCUGGUUUCGCUAGGCCUGUGAGAGCCUAUUCAAGGCCAGAGAAGUUUGUAAAUGCAGUCUGAUGGUAUUUUAAUCUAUGUAUACGUAAAUGGACGCGCAUAUGGUGCAGUUCUUCAUUUGACAAGUCACAGUGCGAAAUAAUAUAACGGACCAGAAAAAUCUUUCUCGUCGCAACAUGCCAAAUGUCCAGCAUUUGCUAGCUGCCGAACUGUACUGCCAUUCUUGAGCUUACUGUCAUGGGCAAAGCAGAAUUGUGAGUGAAGGCAUGCAUUUAUUGUUUUGUUAAUGUGUCCCUCUAUUUUGGCCUAAUAUGAAUUUCCCCAUUUGGCUUUGCCCUUAUGAUAAUUACUUCUUUGUGAUUAAGGGAACAUGACAUGUUUUGAUGUUGGUAUUUACUUGAAGUAAGUUCCUCACAGAUAAAAGGCACCCGUCAUUUGCAUGUCCAGAGAGGCAUGCGUGUCUUAUGCUUGAUAUACCAGGCCAUUGUUUCGAUGAUGAAUCGUGUGUGAUGUGUUACAUUAACCAUAGAUACCGUAUUUUACUCGCAUGAUGAUCACGCUUUUCUGUAAAAAAAAAAUAUGACGCUAAUUCAGGGGUGUGAUCAUUACGUGGGUUAAAUUUUUCACAAAAAAAAUGUAGAUAUAUUUUUUUCCAUGUUGCGUUUGCUGCGGGAUGACAACAGGUCAACAAAAAAUUGGAGGACGCUUAAGCUUCGCCUUCAAGAGUGGAACGCGACAGCGUUCCCGUCGACCCGCCAAGGGGUGUGAGACAAUGGGCUAUGGCGCAGCGACUACGCGCCCCGCAUCGGAUGCGGUGAGCGUCGAGCAACGCAGCGUUUGGCGCGGCAACGAAAUGUGCGCCUGAGCAAGCGACGCACACCUGAGCCUUAGAAACAGCUCGUUUCUAAGGCAACACCGCAUUCACUAGAGGCGCUUUUGUACCGCUUUGAAGCAUCGAACUCGUGGCUCAGUGGUAGCGUCUCCAUCUCACACUCUGGAGACCCUGGUUCGAUUCCCACCCAGCAAAUCUUGCAAGUUGUUUUUAUUCAUGAAGUGCCUGCUAGGAUUUAUCGCUCACGGCCAACGCCACCGACGGCACCGGCUUUUCUGCGACACGAGCUCCUUAACGCUGUCGCGUUAAUAGGCGGCUGUCGCUGUAUGUAGUGCAGGACACCAAAAAAAAAAAAGAAAAUGGCGGCCGGCAGAGCAAGCCGAACACGCCGAAUGCGCUUUUUUUCUUCUCGUGAGUACAUUACGUGCAUUGAAACAGUUUCUUCCAUAUCUGUAAUGAAUAAUAUCGUUAAUAUCGGCAAGUUUGCAGCAAUAACAGCCAUGUCCAAUUUGAGGGGACAGAAACAGAUAGGCGCGCUUAGCUGCCAGUGACGUAGAAACACAUGGCGGGCAUGCUGCGGGAACUGCGGAAUUUGUCUUCACUACUAUCCUAAUACGGCACGUUUCCGCUAAGGGUGGGCUAAUAUCUUAGCUGUGUUACAAGCGUCGGCGUAUGAAUAGGGUACACUUCUAACCCAUCAGUGUAAACGUGCUUGCUAUCGUUGCUGCUCGCGGUUUGUUGCGUGCCCACGAGUGCAGACGAGAAGAAUCGAAAGGCGCAUUAUUUGUUGUUGUUGUUGACCACAACCAGUAUAAAGCCUACACAUAAUAAAGGCAAGUGUGGUUGUAGUUUUUUUUUUUUUGUCCUGGAAGUGCGGAAAGUGAUGAAAGGAAUAAAAUGGGGGCAUCUGCUUAAGAAUGUUUGGUGUGUGCAGACCGCUUGGUUUGUCUUGAAGAGUCGUUCGCGUAGCAUUCGACAGAUGGUAAGCGCGAUCAUUAUUACCUAGACUUGGCACACGACAAAUCGCUGCGGCAAGUUCGGGGUGCGAUCAUCACACGGGAAAUAAAAAAAAUCAAAUUUUGAUGACAAAAUUCAGGGGUGCCAUCAUUACGCGAGCGCGAUCAUUAUGCGAGUAAAUACGGUAAUAACGUAGUCAGUGCACAGUUCACAAUCGUGUAUACAGUUGGACAAUUCUAGCUUGUGUGGGUGUUUUUAUAUUUUGCAUUAUGGAUUUAAUACUGUACUUGACAAUUUAUGCGUCUAAGCGUUGCUUGGAACGUCGCGCAUUCUGACUGCUGUGGAACUCUUCACGCAAUGUUUUCAUGUAGAGUAUCGUGGAUUUUAGCACGGCAUAUAAGAGAGCAGGGCAAUGCUAUUACGAUGGGCUGUGGUAAUGCACAGCCGUUGCUACGUGUGUGCCUUUUUCUUGUUUUAUGCGAUGCCACCCAUGUCUCUCAUUGUGUGUUCAACAUGCAUGUUAAAAGGGGCCCUGAAAAACGUCUCUAAUAUAUAGAGUAGCAUCACCAUGAAAUUACGUUGCCUUGCAAAUCUCCCGCCAGAAAACAAUUUUUCAAAUCCUUCAAGCGCAAGUGAAGUUAAACAUAGUUAUGGCACCGAUGAGCAGCAUUCUCUCUCAUUGCCACAAGCGCUGGAAGUUACACAAGGAAGCGGGCAAGGGAGUGCAAAGGAGUAAUUACCCUCAGGCCCUGAGCAAAGGUUGAACGUCUUGGUGGCGAGACGGCUUGUGGUGGCACUCCGUGGUAGCCGCAGCAUCUGUGCUAUGCUUUUCGUCUCGAAGGCUGCGUGCAGUGCAAAGAUAAAUUUUUUUUCUGUCUUUUUGAGAUUGCAUAGAUUAUUUUUAAAAAAUUUAUUUAGCUCAAAUGAGCAAUAACUACUGAGUUUUUCUCGCAAUAUCAAAAUCAACUAAUAGCUGUUCUGGGCUACGCUUCUUGCCGUGAUGCUGUGUAACGACAUUGUGAAAGGGGGAGCAAGCGAUUUUCCACUGCUUUUGAAGCAAGAUUAUGAAGCGCACCGUGGUGGCAUAGUAGCUAUGGCGUAGCACUACUCAGCCUGAGGGCGCGUCAUCGAACCUUGGCUGUAGCAGCUGCAUUUUGGUAGGGGUGAAAUGCAAGAACACCUUUGUGCCGUGAAUUGGGCGCACGUUAAGGAACCCCAGGUGGCCAACUUAAUCCGGAGUCCCUCAACAGCGUACCUCACAAUCAAGUCGUGGUUCUGGAACGUAAAACCCCAGAAUUGAAUUAAUUUUUCUUUAGAGGGCAGCUCACAGGCACCCGGUCCUGUGGCAAGCGUCGUGGUCGUCCCUCGGUAUCCUUGUAAUUGAGCGAACGAGCACAGGAAAAAUAUUAAAAAGCGAAUGCGGAGCACGAAUGAAAGAAAAGUUGAAAGAAAUGGAAGGUUGUGAAGAGAGCAAGAAGAGCAAAGCAGAGGAGGAGGGUACAGCAGAACCAUGAGGGGGAAAGUGGAGGAGGGAGUUAUGGCAAAAGUGUAAGAAGAAAAGCGUGCCACGCACGACGGGCUUUGCAGUGACGAUGGCUACGAGAUGGCGCCAGGUUAGCACGCGUCGUUUGUAUGGAAACAAAGCGCUGCACGAGCGAAGCUCUUGUUUGCCCCAGCUGCUGUGAAUCGUGCCCUCACAUCACGAUUAGUGAGGCAGUCUCACCACACUUCACUCCGUUUGCGAUGCGCUGCACGAGACAUUGUAUGCACCAGCCAAUAUAUCGCAUAAUGAAAACUCGUGUACAGCUGCACUCAAAUUUUGCGUUAGGUAGUAUUGUAAUCGUCGGUGAAUUUUUUUACCCAAGAUUGUAAAUUCUCUGCUUGCAAUAAUAGUAUUUGGCUCGCAUGUUCACAGGAGCUUCUUUAACAUAUUGGCAACAUUUUCUUACUACGUUCGAAAGGUGUUUCAGGGCCCCUUUAAGAGAAGCGAGUUUUGUACAAGCUGUUUUGAAGUGUGCAGGCCAAGCUGACACUCGCAGUUGACUGCUACUGUUUAUUUUGGCUGCACACAUUUUUGCAUUGCAGGUUACCGAGUUUUUCUGCUGCAAAAUCCAGUGCACAUGAUCUUGGAAGUGCGGCAGUGGGUGCACCUCCUGUGUUUUACAAAGCCCAGCUGCUGCAUCAUAGUCUUCACACUGGUUCCUUUUUAUUUUGUGAUGAUAUACACCGGGAGGGCAGAUGUUAACGUGUUAGUCAUGGUCGUAUUGUCUCUACAGGUGAUGCUGUGUUAUUUUGUGCUUGUGUUGCUGAAGGCCAUUAACAGUGGAAUACUGUUGUGAAUGAAAUUGCGUCUGUCGUGGAAAUACCGUCAUUGUAUCUGAAAUUUGUUGCAAGUGUGUUCGUUACACGCUAAUAUUGAAUAGAAGUAUUUUGGGUUUACUUCACUAUGUUGGAUAAUUCAUUAUAUCAUUGCUGUUUACGUGGAGGUUUGACUAUAAAAUUUUCGGCAAGCCUUUUGCUUGGCAGCCUAGAGUUCACUUCGAAAUGGUGCCAGCGUUGCUGGCUGUAACAUUGGGACCCUCUGUUUUCCCUUGUGCGUAGUGCACAUUCAGAAUUUGUGAUACAGGCCUUGAGGCUUUUGGGUAUUUUCUUUCUCCUUAUUUUUUUUACCCAUGAAUAAGGCAUCCCUAGUGCUUACCGGGAUGGCCUUAGUGUAUGUGCACUUUUCAUGGCUGUCCUCGCUGUAUAAUUCGACAGCACAAAGUCAUUUCUUUGUACAGUUUUGAAUAUGUCUAGUUACAAAAUAAAACUGGGAUAUCGGUGCUUUUCCCGAAAA